CUGGAAUCUCGCCCACCGCCCCACUCGCCGCCCCCGCUGGUCAUCCCUCCACCCAACCCCGCUCCUCGGGGACCGCUCGUCGCCGGAGCCGCCGGCGGCCUCGAGCGAUAGGGAUCGACAGCGAGCUCGCGAGCCCGUCCCGCAACCUGAUCUGCGAGGACCACCGGGUGGGAGGCUGCGAGAUCGACGACGGGCUCGGUUCGAUUCGGCUGGCGCGAGCACCAGCCUAUCUAUCUGAGACGGGCAUCGGCGGCGGAGAGACCUGGCGCGCGGCGGAACGCUGAGGUUAUCUUGUAUUCUCGUCAAGACAACUCUCUUCCCUCAGAGCACUGAACAAUCAUUGUGAUUUAUGACUAACUCUGAGUGGUGAAAGAAUUAAGAAAAUACAGAACACCGCGAUGGCUGUUAGAUGCUCCUGUACUGCUCUUUUCCCUCUAUUCUUCUGUUUUAUGAUCUGUCAGCUUUGCUAUGGCACUGUAACUGAUAUCCAAUGUCUGAAGAAGCUGAAGGCAUCAGUUGAUCCCGACAAUAAGUUAGAAUGGACAUUCAAUAACAAUACAGAGGGAUCCAUAUGCGGGUUCAAUGGUGUGGAGUGCUGGCAUCCUAAUGAGAACAGGGUCCUUUCGCUUCAUCUUGGUAGCUUUGGUCUUAAGGGCGAAUUCCCUGAUGGACUUGAGAAUUGUAGUAGCAUGACUUCGCUGGAUCUCUCAAGCAACAGCCUCUCUGGCCCUAUCCCGGCUGACAUCUCGAGGAGACUUCCAUUUGUUACAAACCUUGAUCUGUCAUUUAAUAGCUUCUCGGGAGAGAUACCAGAAGCACUAGCCAAUUGUUCUUAUCUCAACAUUGUCAAUUUACAACAUAACAAAUUGACUGGAACAAUCCCAGUUCAGCUUGCUGCACUCAGUCGCCUAGCGCAGUUUAAUGUUGCUGACAAUCAAUUGUCAGGGCAGAUUCCUUCAUCUUUGAGCAAGUUUCCAGCAUCUGAUUUUGCAAAUCAAGACCUUUGUGGGAGGCCUCUAAGCAAUGAUUGCACUGCCAAUUCAAGCAGUCGAACGGGGAUAAUUGUUGGUUCUGCUGUUGGUGGUGCAGUUAUAACUUUAAUAAUAGCUGCUGUUAUUUUAUUCAUUGUCUUGCGGAAAAUGCCUAAGAAGAAGAAGUUAAAGGAUGUAGAAGAAAAUAAGUGGGCAAAGACUAUUAAGGGAGCAAAAGGAGCAAAGGUAUCAUUGUUUGAGAAAUCAGUUUCAAAGAUGAACUUGAAUGAUCUUAUGAAAGCAACAGACGAUUUUACAAAGGACAAUAUUAUUGGAACUGGUCGAUCAGGAACUAUGUACAGAGCAACACUUCCAGAUGGUUCAUUCCUUGCUAUCAAGAGGUUGCAGGACACUCAGCAUUCAGAGGACCAAUUUACAUCUGAGAUGUCAACUCUGGGAAGUGUAAGGCAACGUAACUUAGUGCCGCUUUUGGGAUACUGCAUUGUCAAGAAUGAGAGGCUCUUGGUGUAUAAGUACAUGCCAAAGGGUUCACUUUAUGAUAAUUUACACCAGCAAAACAGUGACAAAAAGGCAUUAGAAUGGCCAUUGAGGCUAAAAAUUGCCAUUGGGAGUGCUAGAGGUUUGGCGUGGCUUCAUCACAGUUGCAACCCUCGCAUUCUUCAUAGGAACAUUAGUUCCAAGUGCAUAUUGCUUGAUGAUGACUAUGAGCCUAAGAUUUCUGAUUUUGGCUUGGCAAGGCUUAUGAAUCCCAUCGACACCCACCUGAGCACAUUUGUGAAUGGUGAGUUUGGUGACUUAGGGUAUGUAGCUCCGGAGUAUACACGCACUCUUGUGGCCACUCCAAAAGGGGAUGUGUAUAGCUUUGGAGUUGUCUUACUUGAACUUGUUACUCGUGAAGAGCCCACACAUGUGUCAAAUGCGCCAGAGAACUUCAAAGGGAGUUUGGUGGAUUGGAUAACGUACCUGUCAAACAACUCUAUACUUCAGGAUGCAGUUGACAAGUCUUUGAUUGGAAAGGACAACGAUGCUGAGCUGCUUCAGUGCAUGAAGGUUGCAUGCUCUUGUGUGCUUUCUUCUCCAAAGGAAAGGCCUACAAUGUUUGAAGUUUACCAGCUUCUGAGAGCUGUUGGAGAGAAAUAUCAUUUCAGUGCAGCUGACGAUGAAUUGACGAUGCUACCUCAAAAUGCCAAUCCUGAAGAUGAGCUUAUUGUAGCGAACUAGUUUAGCCUAUGUGAUGAGUGGGUGCUUGUCGGAUACCAAAUGUUGCAGGAGUUGCUUCAACUUGGAAUAAUCAGAAUUAUUUCUCUAUCUUCUCUAUUUUUCUGGCGCUGCAUGUCAGGCAAGCACUAGGAUUUGUCGUUCGAUUCGAAGGUCUAUCAAUGUGUGCUGUACUGCUGUUUACGUUUGUACAUCCUUGCCUUGUGUAUCCUCAGGAUUGUUUUCUUCUGGUGUUGUAAGAUGGAUCAACUGUAUCAUUAUCGAGAUUUUAGCUGUAGUGGUAGCAAUG